AUGCCAAUCGUCUACCUUAUGUCUAGUGAGAAUUUUGCCGUUCAAUUUCGUACUUCUAUUCAUCUGUUAGACGUUCCGAAGACACGGUUCCUAUUCGUGUUUGUAUUGCACAUCCUAUCUUAUUCCAGUCCUACGAUGUUGCGACCGAAAGCGCUGGCAGAAACGCUGAAAAAGGUGACCACUGGUGGUGUGCAAUCGGUGAUGUUGUUUAACUCCGAGGGGGUUUUACUUGCUUUUACGAGCCAUCUUGACGAUGCUGAACGAUCGAAGGCUGCAAUCACUGCCAAUAUUUGGAACAUUUAUCAACGUCACCUUGAGUCAACUGAGUCAGAUACAGUACAAGAGAUUUUGCUGGAACUCACGGAGGGCCGCUUUAUUGUUUGCAAAGUUGCAUCACUACUUCUGUGUCUUCAUAGCACCAAAGAAGUGCCUCUUGGAAUGCUUCGGGUUAAAGCGUCAUCUCUUGUUCAAACGUUGAAUGCGCUAACUCAGGAAGGCGAUCUUAUGUUCUCACUAUUUCUGUCUUGGCCAUUUUCGCCUCUGACCGGAUCACAAUACUAA